AUGGAGAACUUCGAGGUGCGAGCAAAGUCGUUCACUAUCAAGUGGGUCAAUGCUCCAGACAAUUCCACCGUGAAAUGGGAAUUAAAACCGUUGAAACGAUCUGUCAACUUUGGAAUCUACGAAUACAGCAAAGCAGACUUCCCGGCCCCUUCGACGGCUCCGAACUCCUCGUCGACAACAUUAUCUGAGAAUUUGAGCCUCGACGAGGUCAACGAGGUCCCACACAAGAUGUUUGGAGUGUUGCAUCAGAAUCUACGCGAUUCUUUCGAGUCCCUUGCAUCUCAGAGUCAAGCCACCCCCUCGGCUCCCAAUGAUGCGUCCACAGGAUCACUUCCAAGACAAAAUACAGCGUUAUCCACAAGCUUUGAGAAGAGAAAACGAUCAGAAAGCGUUUCUUCUCUCCACGAUUCUCGCAAUCUUUUGGAAGAAAAAAUAGAUAAACACCUGGUGAAAAAAGAAUGGAUCGGAAGAUGCCAAGGAGAUGAGCUUGUUACAGGAACAUUUGAGGUGAGCUCCGGAUCCCUUUUUGCAUUUAUUUUCGACAAUACCUUCAGCAGACACAAAGCGAAAACAAUCAUGUUUAACCAAUACAUUGAAACGAACGGACAAGUUUAUCAGACAGCUGAAUCUCCACAGCCAUCACCUUCCUACCAGCUGAAUCCCAUAGCCGAGCAAAAGAGCGUGGACGAGACGGAGGUGUCAAGACCGCACGAGGCUGCCAGUGCGCCUGUUGGACACACCAACGGCGGAAUAAUCAACAGAAGGGCUUCUGUUGUCUCUGCGCCGCUACAAAAUCAUGUGAGAUUCAGCGUCCCCGAAAAUGAAAUAGCCUCCAAAUCAAAGAACGUGUCACUUUUGAGGGUAAAAGGCGGCCAAUACCUCCAGGGGUUUCUGCUCAAGAAAAAGCGCAGACGGGGAGGAGCAAAAAGCUUUGCUAGAAGGUACUUUGUUCUCAACUUCAAGUAUGGAGUGCUGGACUACUACUUCAACGACGUCACGAACCACGUCCGUGGUAACAUGUUCAUCAGGAACGUUGUGAUUUCAGCUGAUCCAAAGCAGCUGAUGAUGUUUCUGGAUUCUGGGAUUGAACAGUGGAUCUUGAAAGCAAUGAACCAGGAAGAUUUCAAGAUUUGGGUUCAAGCCUUCAACUUCAUCAAAAGACAGAACAAGUUCACGCAACAGAUGGACAUUCAGGAACACGAUGCGCUUCUCACCGCCUCUUCUCCUGGAGAAGCCCAGGAGGACAACAACAGGACUGAUUUUGAGGAUGAGGUCCGGGUUGGCCGAACGCUCUCAGUGAUAAAUCCUCAGUACAAGCUGGUGGAGCAAAAAAUAUCGCAGAUUAAGCAGAUGGCCGAAAGUCUCCAAGCACAGGCAAAGCAGCAGAAGAAAGGAAGCAUGGACAGAAGAGGGUCAUUUUUCCGCAAGAAGAACAAAAAAGAGCAGAGUGACGAUCAAUUCGACCAGGAAAGCAUAACUGGAUCAGUCACAGCCCCGAUGCCUGGCGGAUCUCUAUAUGAUAGCUUGGUUUCUGAAAUCAAAGAAUUGCAGGUGCAAUAUAUGUUGCUGGUCAACACAGAAACUAAUAGGGGAUUCAGCAGGCCUCCCCAAUCUCCAUCGAGGAGAACCCUUACGAGGACAAACACAGCUACCACCUCUGUCUUUUCCCAAGAGUUUUUUGAUGCACAGGAAUACAUUGAUGAAAUGAACCGUGGGGUCUACUUGGUCCAGUCUAGCGACGAGGACGAUAGCGAACACGAGAACAAGUACGACGACGCCAGCAUGUCGAACAUAUUUGACAAGCCGCCUUUCGGGCUCGCAAUGGAUAACGAUCUUUCGAACUCGACGUCUUCGUCGGAUGAGGACGACGGAGAUCAAAAGGGAUCGGCGAUUACGGCCGGGAGACGGUUUUCUGCUCGGGAGGACCUAUAUCCUUUGGAGCCCGGCAAAGUCGUGCAAUACAGGAAGGACAUAAAGGAGAGCCCGUGCGACCCUCCGUCCUUGAUUGGAUUUUUAAGGAAGAACAUUGGGAAAGACCUGUCUUCCAUAUCGAUGCCCGUUUCAGCCAACGAGCCGCUCUCCUUUUUACAGAAAUACUCAGAAAGCUUUGAGUACACGCACCUGUUGACAGAUGCAAUGAAAGCGCCCGUGGAGAGCGGUCAGCGAGUGCUACUGAUUGCAGCUUUUGCCGUGAGCUAUCUCUCCUCGUUGAGGGUAAAAAUCAGAAGCGUUAGAAAGCCAUUCAACCCGCUUCUUGGUGAAACUUUUGAGCUUGUGAGAAAUGACUUGGGAAUCAGACUAGUUGCCGAAAAAGUGGUUCAUAGACCUUUCAUAAUUGCCGCACAUGUCGAAUCCAAGGAUUGGACAGUUGACCACGUUCUCUCGCCUCAGCAGAAAUAUGGAGGCAAGUCUGCGGAAGUUUCCAUAAUAGGAGAGCUGACCUUGAGACUGAGCAACGGCGAGGUUUACAAAUGGAGCCAGCCUACGACGCUCCUCAAGAACCUCAUUGCUGGUGAAAAAUAUUCAGAGCCUUGUGCGUCCGUGACUGUGAGCUGCAGCAGUGGUUACAAAGCGACUGUGAAUUUCAAGGCAUCUGGAAUGUUUUCUGGACGCUCUGAGGAGCUGACUAUCAAGGCCUACGACGGUGCAGGCAACAAGCUGCCAAAAGAAGUGGUUGGUACGUGGACCGACAGUUUUCGAUACACCGACAAUGGAGAAUGCUUGUGGAAAGUUGGAAAUCUGGUGCCAGAUUACCAAAGAAAGUACGGAUUCACCGAAUUUGCAGCCAGUCUUAAUCAGAUCACCGAGAUCGAUGAGGGCUGCGCACCGACCGACUCCAGAUUGCGUCCAGACCAGCGCGAAUACGAAAACGGCGCCGUUGACGAGGCAGAGGAGCUAAAGCAGCAUUUGGAGGAAGAACAGAGGAAGAGAAGAAAAAACCCAGACGGAACAGACUCAGUGCAUGUACCGGCAUUUUUCCAGAAAGCUGGUGACGGCGACUACGAUUGGAGCUUCAUUGAAGGGGAGAACAGUUACUGGAAUCGCCGCAAGAGAAAUGAUUGGGAUGGCCUUGUGAAGCUGUGGUAG